GCAUUUUUCCGGAAACAGCCGAAGCGAGCUGGCGCUGUGCCGGAGGCAACCGAAACCAGUCUGCCGGGAUCGGUGAAGCAGAGGGUCGAGGGGACCGGCCGAUAGGCCGGGUGGGAAAAUGGCGAUAUCGCGAGGGCUUUGGUGCUGUCAGCGGCUGUUGGCUUGGAUACCAGUGCUCAUCAUCUCCAUGGUGGUGCUUUGGUCUUACUACGCCUAUGUAUUCGAGCUGUGUGUCUUUACUGUCCGUAAUGGUAUGGAAAAAGCUGCAUAUCUUGUGAUAUUUCAUUUAUUUUUUGUGCUGUUUGUGUGGACCUAUUGCAAAGCUAUUUUUACAGAACCAGCACAGCCUUCUCGAAAGUUUCAAUUGACCAGAGCUGACAGAGAGAGAUAUGAGCGAGAAGAAAAUCCUGAGGUGCAAAAGCAAAUUCUAUUGGAUGUGGCUAAAACAUUACCAGUGUACACCAAGACUGCAUCCGGAGCCAUCCGAUACUGUGACCGGUGCCAACUGAUUAAGCCUGAUCGUUGUCAUCACUGCUCCAUCUGUGACACGUGUGUAUUGAAAAUGGACCAUCACUGUCCUUGGGUGAACAACUGUAUUGGAUUUUCAAACUACAAAUUUUUUCUGCUCUUUCUGGGAUAUUCCAUGCUGUAUUCGUUGUUUGUUGCUGCCACAGUUCUGCAAUAUUUCAUCAUGUUUUGGACGGGUGGUCUUCCCGAUGGUCCUGCAAAAUUCCAUGUUCUCUUUCUUCUUUUCGUGGCUGUCAUGUUCUUCCUGAGCCUCAUGUUCCUCCUUAGCUACCAUUGUUGGCUGGUCAGUUUAAACAGAUCUACAUUAGAGGCCUUCUCAGCACCAAUAUUUCAGCAUGGUCCAGAUAAAAAUGGUUACAACCUUGGCACGAGGAAAAAUUUAGAGCAUGUAUUUGGACCAGAAAAAAAGUAUUGGCUGCUACCUAUUUUUACCAGUAUUGGAGAUGGACACUUUUUCCCCAUGAAGUCGCAGUCAGAGAGUCACAAUCCACUUCUCUCCAACAAUGAGCACUGGGAUGAGGGAGAUUCGGAUGUCGACUACUACGCAACUACAAGUGGAAACACCUCUGUGACUGUAGAAAUGGAGAGCUAGCUGAUCUUUGCUCCCACGUUAAUCCCAGGUGCCACAGUAUUAUUUAAUAUGAAAAUAUGAGAACCAAGGAUCCCUAAAGAUCAUCAAUAAAUGAGAUGGAACUGGGUAUUACAUGCCUUACAGUCUACUGAAGAUCCUCUCAUUACAUAACGUAC